AAGUCAUUCAUUUGAAAAUUGUCAAUACGUUCGAACAGCGAUAGGCAAUAAAAGCCAGUGAAAACACAAACCAUCAAGGAAAAAGUGCACAAAGUUCAACAAUUUCACAACCAGGACAACCAGCUCAAAAAGGGUUAACAAAACUCUCCAAACACAACACCAAAGUGAUCAAUAACUAAUUGUUUGGUGAACUCCAACUAAGAGAUAAAAACACGUUAAUGAAAUACAGAAAUAAUCAAGGCACCAUCUUGCAACUACAAUUCAGAACAUUCCUAAGACACAGCUGCCUGUGCGCCUAUCCACCCGAGUGCUAAACGAAGACGACAGCGACAACGACAACGACAACGACGCAAAAUAAAUCAUUUAAGGAUCGCAUAAAUCCGGCAUCAAGUUCGCGCAUAACGUUGUGGGGCCACAGUCGGCGAGUGAUCGAGCCAAGAAGGUGUCUGCCCCAUCAGUUGCCGUUGCAGUUGCAGUUGCACAUUCCCAGGCAGGAUGUUUGCCACCCAGGAUACCAUUUUGAAGCUGCUGACCCUCUGCGCUUUGGCGCAUUCUAUUACCGCCUAUGCGCUGCAGGAGAAGAGCCCCGCCGGAGCAAAGGGCUCGGCUGCCCUGGAUCCCAGCCACAAGUAUUUGAUUGUGCGGGGCGAGAGUCCUGCCUCUGUCUCGCAGGAGCAUGUGGACUUUGAUAAUGCGGCAACGCUGCUGCUGCAGGCCUACAAGUCCCAGCAGACCACCGCACCGGACGGACUGGAGGAGUGCAGCGCGCCCAGCCACAAGCCCACCUUCUCCGGCUACGAUUACGUGAUCCUGCUCGGCAUGCUGGUCAUCUCGCUGGGCAUUGGCAUCUUCUAUGGGUUCUUCCAGAAGGGCGGCAGCUCCUCCAACGAGUUCCUGCUGGGCUCCGAAAUGAACAUUUUCCCUGUGACACUCAGCCUCACGACCAGCUUCAUCACGGCCAUCGAGCUGCUGGGCAACCCAUCCGAGAUGUACUUCCAGGGCACACAGUUCGUGCUGAUUGUCAUACCCAUGGUGCUCGUCAUUCCAGUGGCUGUCAAGAUAUUCUAUCCCAUCUACUUCAAGAUGGAGCUCACCAGUUGCUAUGAGUACUUGGGCAUACGCUUCGGCAAGGAGAUUCGCAUCCUGGGCGCAGUACUCUAUGUCAUUCAGAUGUGCUUCUACACCGCUGUGGCUGUGCUUGCACCAGCCAUUGCCUUGUCCAAGGCCACAGGAUUGGACACCAAGAUCGCUGUCAUUCUGAUUUAUGUGGUCUGCGUUUUCUACUCAUCGCAGGGCGGCAUGAAGGCAGUGGUCAUUGCGGACACCUUUCAGGCUGCAGUUCUCGCUGUGUCUCUCGUUUUGAUUGUGGGUCUCGGCAGCUACUACAGCGGCACACCCAUUCAAGUCUUCCAGAAGGCCGCCCAACUCAAUCGUUUGGAAUUCUUCAACAUUGAUCCCAAUCCGACAACCCGCCACACCGUUUGGUCUGUGGUCAUUGGCGGCUUCUUCUACUGGACAUCGCUGUUCUGCACCAACCAGGCCUCCGUCCAGAAGUGCAUGUCCCUAAAGUCCCUGAAGCUCGCAAAGAUCGCCCUGGGCUUUGCCAUCCUCGGCUUGAUUGUCGUCUUCCUGCUCAACUUUUACACUGGGCUGAUGGUCUUCAACCACUAUGCGGACUGUGAUCCCCUGACUGCGGGUCGCAUCUCGGCCACGGAUCAGCUGCUGCCCUUCUAUGUGAUCAAUACCUAUGAGCACAUCUACUCCAUUGCGGGCAUCUUUGUGGCUGGCAUCUUUGCGGCUAGUUUGGGAACUGUGGCAUCUGCCUUGAACUCCCUGUCGGCUGUCACCUGCGAGGAUCUGCUUGUCAAUGGCAUGAACAUCAAAAUCUCUCCGGAGAAGGGCGCAACCUAUGCCAAGUGGAUGUCCCUGGGCUAUGGCAUUGGCUCCUUUGGUCUGGUGUUCAUUGUGGAGCAUCUGGGCGGCGUGCUGCAGGCUACACUCACACUGAAUGGCCUCAUCGGUGGCGUCACCUUGGGUCUGUUUGUGCUCGGAAUCGCCUGCAAGCAGGCCAACACGAAGGGCGCCUUCUAUGGCGGUCUCCUCUCGUUGGCUCUGGUGAUCUUUGUGGGUGUUGUGGCACAGAUAGCCAGCGUGGAGUCGCCACCACUGCCCACAUCCAUUGAGCACUGCGACUGUCAUGUGAACGUGACGAACAUUCUCGAGGAUUUGCUCACCGAAUCAAUGAAUCCCAUUAAGCAGGAAGGUUUCACUUCCUGGCCCAUCUUCCGGCUGAGCUACAUGUGGUACAGCAUGAUCGGCUGCCUGUUGACAGUAUUCCUGGGAUGGUUCUUCUCCCUCAUAAUCGACUUUAAUCAACGACGCAAUGUCCUGAAAAUCACCGGCAAGGGCGGCAUCGACAACGAAGGCGUCUCCGAGGAGGUCUUCAAGAGUGACGACUCCCAAGUGCAGUACACCACUAACAGCACCAUCACCACCACCACAACCACCAGCACCGCAGCGGUAGACCCAAUCCCAGCCACAACCACAACCAAAGAGACGGCAGGUAUCCAGGGGCAUGUGAAUCAUGCCAUACGCAUCGACGAUGAAUAGAAUCAGAUACGAAUUUUGGUUUGGAAAGUUCUUUCGACAUUCCAGGCCAGAGUGUAUUCCUUGUGUAACCGGUAACCUCUAUGUACAAACGACCAGUCGCAAUCCUAACUGUCCUAGCUUAGUCGCAAGAGUGAUUUCUAGUUUUAAGUCCAAUCAUAGCCCGAUUGCUGCUACACCCGACCCUUUCUCCCCCCGCGAGAGCAAUCGUUGCCACAGUAUUUUGUAUCCACAAAAAACUUUACUAAUUUUACCACGGAAGUGAAUUUAGCUUUAGUUAAUAUUUAAGCAAACAAUAAACACACAAACUUAUUGUAUUCUUGAUUCAGCUAUCGCUGCUGAAGCGUAAACCAAA